GGCUUGGGGCUGUGAUGGCGGAGUAGAGGCCAAGAGCGCAGAUGAAUGAAGGAGUUUGUUGGGAUGGCCCUGACGGGACAGGAUUUGAGGGAAGAGGGAAAGAGGCAUUGACUUGGAGGUUUAGGCUGACGUAACCAGAUGUGUUAUGCUGGCAUUUACUAAUGAUGUUGUGGGCAUGAAUCAGGGAAUCGAAGAGUUUUAGGUUCAAGUUAGAUGUACCAGCCUGGAGUUUGUAGGAAAGGUUAGGGCUAGUGCAAGGAAUUUAGACACCAUUGGCCUGCCAGUCAGCUGGGCUGAGAUUACACAAGAGGAGAAUGAAGAUAAGAGAGGCCACGGUCCUCAGGCACCCAGCGCUUACAGGUUGUGUGGACUGAGAGGGAGUCCAGAAAAGCAGAAGGCCGCCUAGAGGGUAUGGUGUGGCAUCCAAGAGGUUUUCCCAGGAAGAGGAAGGGGUCAGAUGUUUAAGAUGCCGAUGAGACCAGCGACUUGGCCCUUGAAGGAGGAACAAGGAGGAGGGCGUGGUGACGCAGUGGGACAGGCUGGGGAAGUUUCACUCUGAGGGGACCGAGAAGGGAAUAAGCCCCUACGUGAGGCACCAUCACAGGCUUUACCUGAUGCCACCGACUUCCCUCCCAGGAGGUUCCUGAUUCAUCCUCCUUUGCAGCCCCCAGACCUGGGGCCCCACGAGCCCUGCAGACGGUUCACCAUGGCCAGGUUCAGCUCGGGCCCCCAGCCCCUCGGGUGAGGCUCCGCCUGGGGCUCCGAGAACCACCCUGAAUCAUGGGGGUGAAGAGAGCUCCGAGCAGACGACGAUCUUGGUGAAAGUCGAGGCCCAGGCCCAGCGGCUCUUCCUGCAGCCCGUCUUCAGGAGAGGCGCCUGCCCCCACCGGCCCCGGCUGGGGGUUGCCACUGCCCCGGAUGGGGAGGUGGGCCCUGGACGUGGCCUUUGUGUGGAAGGCGGUGUUGACUCUGGGGCUGGUCCUUCUCUACUACUGCUUCUCCAUCGGCAUCACUUUCUACAACAAAUGGCUGACGAAGAGCUUCCACUUCCCCCUCUUCAUGACGAUGCUGCACCUGGCCGUGAUCUUCCUGUUCUCCGCCCUGUCCCGGGCGCUGGUUCAGUGCUCCAGCCACAGGGCCCGCGUGGUGCUGAGCUGGCCCGACUACCUCAGAAGAGUGGCUCCGACAGCACUGGCAACGGCGCUGGACGUGGGCCUGUCCAACUGGAGCUUCCUCUACAUCACCGUCUCACUGUACACGAUGACCAAAUCCUCAGCCGUCCUCUUCAUCUUGAUCUUCUCUCUGAUCUUCAAGCUGGAAGAGCUGCGUGCGGCGCUGGUCCUGGUGGUCCUCCUCAUCGCGGGGGGCCUCUUCAUGUUCACCUACAAGUCCACGCAGUUCAACAUGGAGGGCUUUGCCUUGGUGCUCGGGGCCUCAUUCAUUGGCGGCAUCCGCUGGACCCUCACCCAGAUUCUCCUGCAGAAGGCGGAACUUGGGCUCCAGAACCCCAUUGACACCAUGUUCCACCUGCAGCCGCUCAUGUUUCUCGGGCUCUUCCCUCUCUUUGCCAUCUUCGAAGGUCUCCAUCUGUCCACGUCCGAGAAAGUCUUCCGGUUCCAGGACGCAGGGCUGCUCCUGCGGGUGCUCGGCAGCCUCGUCCUCGGCGGGGUUCUUGCCUUCGGCUUGGGCUUCUCCGAGUUCCUCCUGGUGUCCAGAACCUCCAGCCUCACUCUCUCCAUUGCGGGCAUUUUCAAGGAAGUCUGCACUUUGCUGUUGGCAGCCCAUCUGCUGGGUGACCAGAUCAGCCUCCUGAACUGGCUGGGCUUCGCCCUCUGCCUCUCGGGGAUAUCCCUGCACGUCGCCCUCAAGGCCCUGCCCUCCAGAGGGGACAGUGGCCCCAAACCCCCCAAGGGGCUGGGUUCCAGCCCAGACCUGGAGCUGCUGCUUCGGAGCAGCCAGCCGGAGGAGGAUGGCAACGAGGCGGCGGAGGAGGAAGAGUACUUUGUGGCCCAGGCAUAGCAGUGACCCGCCUCUCCCAACCUUUGUGCCAAGUGGCAACUCAGGGACCCGGUGGCUCCUCACAGCAGCUGGGAGCAGCGGGCCAGAAGUGGCCCCGGGCGGGGACUCGGGAGCACGUGACCACGCAGCAGGGCUGGGUCAAGGAGUUGGUUGACGGCCGAGUGCCCGGUGUGCCUCAGCCCGGCCCGAGUCGGGCCGCACUCUGCUGGAGUUGCAGCAGACGGAGGGAAGGCUGUUUCUCAACUGGCUGCCAGGACCAGGAUUCCAGAGGCCUCUCCGAGGGGCCUGGUGUGGACUGCGGAGCAGUUGGGACGGGGACAUGGAGAGAAGCUUUUCGCUGGACAGUUUUUCCCCGGAGAGCAGACCUGUUCACGGUUUGCAAAUAAAGGGUGUUCUGUCCUCUGGCCGCCUCAUGUUGCCUAUAGACGUGGGCACCGGGAGGAGCGGUCCUUGCCUGGCCCGUCCCCCUUCUCUGCCCGGGGCCUCCUGCAGGAGACUGGUCACACUCCAGGCCCUCAGCACUGCAUCACUUGUGCCCCUGAUGGAGCCUCAGGACCCUGUCUGGCAGCCUAGACACACCUGUACCGAGUCCCGUAUUCUGGGGACCUGAAAGCUUUCACAGCCUGGAUGUGAGUCCUGACUGUGUCACUUACUGGCUGUGUGACCUUAACCAAAUUAUGUAACCUCUCUGUACAGCUUUGUCAUCUGUGAAAUGGGGAGAAUAGUCGUCUCAGAGUUGUUCUGAAGAUAGGAAACAGU